CUCUCUCUCUCUCUCUCUCUCUCAAUGCUGAGUGUAAUGGGAGAUGAAGUCUCGCCAGCAAUGCCCGUUCCCAUGGAAAUGCUAAAGGCGGAUUUGCAAGCGUCAUCGCGGAGGAGCAGCCCCAGCAACGUGCACGAAUGAGGGGGAGAGAGAGGGCGAGAGACCGGGCUGCAGACAUUCUCCGCUGUCUCCCUGCCACCGCUGAUCAAACAUGGAGGGGAUGCCACUUGCCCAGGCAGAGGGGACGGAUGGGAGCCCCGACCGGCUGCCGAUGGGAGGUCAGCGUCCUGGCGGGGGGGAGGACUGGUGGCGAUGUCCCCCCACCUCCCCCAUCGGUGGCCGGCUGGAGGCCGAGGGAGACGAGGAGCUGACCAGCUUGGACUGGCUGCAUGAGGGCAAGAACCUGCUUGGGGGCAUGAGGUUGGCUGGCGUGACCUCUGUCGAUCCACUGCCUGCCUUGGCUGGACCUGAGGAGAGCCACUGCCCGCUGUCCGUGGCUGUCGAGGAUGCAUCCCUGCGGCAUCUGCCCGUGAAAGAGAUUUACAAGUGGAUCUUGCAGCAGUAUCCUUGUUUAAAGAGGACUCCUGGGGACUGGAAGAAAUCAAUGAGGCACAACAGGUCGUUCAGGAGAGCGCUGGAACACGGCAGAGAGGCUUUGGGUAAAGGUUCCUUCUGGUCCAUUGACACGGAAUCCGUAUCAGGUCUGCUGCAGGCCAUCAGGAAGAGAAGCCCCAGUCUCAGUUCCAGCACCACGGAUCUGCAGAACCCAUGCUACAACCAGCGCACAGAUGGACGAGGCCAGGAACAGCUCCCCGUCUCUGGUCUAGACAGCAACACAUCUGCACUCAGCCCAGAUGCAACUGAUACGACCUCCAGUGGAGAGCAUGCCCAAACAAACAGCUGUGACCCAGCAUCUCGUCCAGUCUGGUCUGACGUCUGCCUGGCCAGACGGCCAGCGUCCGUCUCCAACGGUGACCACAACUACAGCUUGGCCGGGGGGGGCGGCGAGCGGCAUCUCCGGGUGGCGGCGCCAGACAGGACCGUGCCCGCCCGGGGCGGCGGUGACGACGGCAGCGAGGGAUUCGUCAGCGGCGGCGAGUCGGGGACGGAGGACGAGGGGGCCGAGGACUCGCUGGCAGACAGCGGCUACGUCCCGCUCGGCACCCGGACCCCCAGCACCGCGGGGAGCGGACCCCGUCUCGAGGGGUGGGAUGCGCUGGGAAUCGACGAGGAGUUACGGGAGGUGGCGGGAAGCCUGCUCAACCUGGCUGGGAUCCAUCGCUGAACGGGAGCCUGGAGAAUGGGGGGGCGGGGAAGAAUAAUAGGCAGCUGUGAAUUCUCACUAGGCCUCACCAGUUUAAGGAUAAGGGGGAAAUCUUUUAGGACCGAGAUGAGAAAAACAUUUUUCACACAGAGAGUGGUGAAU